AUGGCCUCGUUUACAGGGAGAGACAUCCCAGCAGCGGCCAAGUAAGUGCCUCUUUUAUAGCUGAUCUUUCUUUCACCCCAGUCAGCAUUGCUAACCAACAUUAGUUCUGCACAAAAGCAGGAAGAAAAGCCCAAACCCAAACACCCCUCUCCUCGCUCAUCUGCCGACUAACCUUCCAGCAAAGCAAUCUCAUCUAAAACCCCUACCUCCAAGCGAUCCUCGAAUCCGAGUUCCUCAGCCAGUGAUAACCAAGGAAACAAUAGAGCCGACAACCGUCUAUAGCACGUACUCAGCGGUAUUGGCUCUCAAUUCAGAUAUUCUGCAAGAGCCCAGACCAUACGCGACGAGAUCGAAAUCAGUACAAAUACAGAUGGCCAGGCUAUUGAUGACUUACACGGACGAGAGAGACAACAACAACGGACCAGAAUUGCAGUUCCUAUUACAAGAUAUACGAACAACCUCAAUGAAAGGAUGAGAGCGUAUCUUGAAUCGCAAGAUGAUCCGUCUCAGCAAUAUGCUUUGUUUCCCCGAAGUGACACCGGGCAGCUGUCUACGCAGAAGGGGAAGAAAUCUGUGUAG